UUUCCUGUAAUAAACAGCAAUGUGGCAAACUUCAACUCCAUCAACACCGCUGCCACAUCGAGCGGAUCAAUUUAAUCAGGCCAAUAUUAUGGCAUAUGCUGCAUGUGACGUCAUUCAGAGGGGGGCAUGAUGUAUAUAACGGUGCCCAUUCAUCAAGACAUUCAAUGAAGACGAACCGCACCGCGCAGAAGAACGAAGGUGAGAGACGAAGACCACAGCGGAUUUUCAUGGAUGUGCCUAGGAUUUAACAGAAACAUAUUUCCUUUUUUUAUCUCUGGAGUCUACGUUACAGUUUGGAAAUUAACAGAUGAAGAUACCUGCGCGUAAAGUUUUGGACUAACAGAGACACUCAAGCAGGAUGGCGCAUUUCUCUUUGUACUGUCUUCUGGCCCUUUCGUUUUUGCAUUUGGUGGCUUCAUCCGGAGUGUUUGAAUUGAAAGUUCACUCGUUCACAACAUCACGGCGCUUUUGUAGGAGAACGCGAGACUGUAACAUCUUUUUCAGAAUUUGCCUUAAGCAUUCAGAGGACGUGAUCUCCGCCGAACCGCCGUGCACUUUUGGAACCGGACAGACGAGUGUCCUCCGAGCGGACCAGAGCUCUAUAGCCAACAGCGCAGCCAUCCGAGUGCCUUUUCACUUCAAGUGGCCGGGAACCUUCUCUCUUAUUAUUGAGGCAUGGAAUGCAGAAUCGCCCAAAGAGCAUCAUGACUACACAGAGAAUCAAAACAACCUGAUCAGUCGUUUAGCCACACGAAGACGCCUGGCGAUUGGGGAAGAUUGGUCACAGGAUGUUCACUUUGGCGAUCAGAGCGAGCUGCGUUACUCAUAUCAUGUUUUCUGCGAUGAAUCUUACUACGGCGAUGCAUGUUCGGAUUACUGCCGUCCCCGUGAUGACACACUGGGACAUUAUACCUGUGAUGAGAAUGGAAACAGGGAAUGCUUGGAGGGAUGGCGGGGAGACUACUGCUCUGACCCCAUCUGCUCUGCCGACUGCAGCGAGCGACAUGGUUACUGCGAGUCACCUGGUGAGUGCAAGUGUCGUUUGGGGUGGCAGGGGCCGUCCUGCAGCGAGUGCGUGCAUUACCCAGGAUGUCUGCACGGGACCUGCUCGCAGCCGUGGCAGUGUGUGUGUAAGGAGGGCUGGGGUGGCCUCUUCUGUAACCAGGACCUCAACUACUGCACCAACCACAAACCCUGUGCUAAUGGCGCCACCUGCACCAACACUGGACAGGGCAGCUACACUUGCACCUGCCGACCGGGGUACGGUGGCACAAACUGUGAGCUGGAGAUUAACGAGUGUGACUGUAACCCCUGCAAAAAUGGAGGCAGUUGCAAUGAUUUGGAGAAUGACUACUCCUGCACGUGUCCUCAGGGAUUCUACGGGAAGAACUGUGAGAUCAUUGCGAUGACAUGUGCAGAUGACCCUUGUUUUAACGGAGGGACAUGUGAGGAGAAAUUCACUGGUGGCUAUGUUUGCCGCUGCCCCCCGACCUUUACUGGAUCCAACUGUGAGAAGAGACUGGACCGCUGUAGCCACAAACCAUGUGCUAAUGGUGGCGAGUGUGUGGAUCUGGGUAGUAGUGCUCUGUGUCGAUGCCGCCCUGGUUUCACCGGCUCCCGGUGCGAAACAAACAUUGACGAUUGCGCUCGCUAUCCGUGCCAAAACGCUGGUACCUGCAUUGAUGGCGUUAAUGAGUACACCUGCACCUGCACGCUGGGCUUCACCGGUAAAAACUGCAGUCUCCGAGCAGACGCUUGUCUCACAAACCCAUGCCUAAACGGGGGAACGUGCUUCACACACUUCUCAGGGCCGGUCUGUCAGUGUGUGCCCGGAUUCAUGGGGCUGAGCUGCGAGUUCCCUGUGCAGGGAAGUUUGGAGCUGAUGUCACCUAGAGCUGCACGCGCCUCGCCUUCAGCGAUGGCAGUGUCGUGUGUGUUAGGUGUGCUGGCUGUGUUUUUGGGAGUAUGUGUGGGGCUUGUGGUGAUCAGAAGAAGGAGACACAGGCUUCGUAGACAGCAGCUGUGCGAUUCUGUGUUUAACGAUUUGGAGACGGUGAAUAAUAUGGAUAGGCAGCAUUAUCCUUAUGACAGAAAUUCAUAUAGUCAGGGGAAACCCUGCAACACUGAGGGCAGACUCAGCCUUUCAUUGGGCGGCUCUAGCACGCUGCCUGCAGGGCAGGACUUCCUGUGGAGUGCCGGAGGAGGGCUUAGAUGAAACAACACAGAUGUGUAUUAAUACCGAAACUAAACACAAACGCUCUUGUGCAUACAGAUAGGUAGUUGACUAAAAGAAAAGUGGAAAGUUGACAUGUCCUGUGGUCUGACCUACAAUACUCCAUUUAAAACUAUAUUAAACUUUUUUUUUUGGUAAACAACAGUACACUAUAUUAAACAGCAUUAAAUUAUUUUAUAAUUAUUAUGUAUUAUUAUUAUUAUGAAGGUACUACAUGGCUUAUCUGUAUAUAAAAAAUCACUUGUUGUCACAUUGCAGGAUUAUUUAAAAUAAGUUAAUAAAUUGGGGAAGAAAGUCACUGAACACAUUAUGUGUCAACUACCCACUUACUAAUGUACACACAUGAUGCACAGACACACACAAACAUGCAGGGAUAAGAAUUUGGAUGUAGCACUUGCUUUUGUCUUAAUUUUUAUGAAUGAUUGAAUGAAUGGAUGGAUGAAUGAAGUAUUAACAACCGAAUAAGGGAUCUUCGCCAUCUGUAUGGGUGGACAACUCUGUAAACCAAAAAAGAAGAAACCAACAUGCACAUGUGUGCAUAGCUCUGUAAAUAUCUGUUUUUAUGAAUACAGACAUAGAGCCCAGAAAGUUGAACUGCCUUAGGUUACAGAUCUCUAUAGACAGAGAACUAAUAUCUUUAUACAAAGAUUAAGGGAUUAAUGAACUCUGUACAAAGAGAACUAAGUAAAGGAAAUACCUCUAUUCAAAGAGACAUGAAACAAAAGUAAAACAGAAGAGCAUUACUGGGUUAACUGCAUUUCAGGUGAACUCUAUUAUAGGCUCAGUCUGUAUAAAACUAAUGAAAAACUGUCAAAGACCUUUUUCUUAGAAGGAUGAAAAUAUCACCUUCAUUUUUUUAUUUUACUCAAAUUUUGCCCGAAUGUUCCUCUUAGCUUGAUCGGCCAAUGUUGUCAUUCUCAAAAAUCUUUAAAAAAUAAUAAAAAUAUGUAGAGAAAAGAAGCAAGCAGAACACAGUGAGGAAUAUGAGAAAACGUAUGUUCUUAAGACCAAAUGGAAAGGUUUUGCUUCAGUUUUGUAUUGCGUAUUAAGCAGUGUGUUUUUCCUCUAAUGAUACGGGGAAUCGUUUGUCAUUGAAUCUUGUUAAAUUACAUAAAAAUCAGAUUUUUCAAAGGAGUUUAUGUCUAUUUCUUUUGCCAGAUAUUUCCAAUUAAUUUAAUCCUAA